AUGGCCCCUAAAGAAAUUAACGUUGAUGUGCUCGUUAUCGGUGCUGGCCCUACCGGUCUCGGUGCUGCUAAACGCCUCCAACAUCUAGACAGCGUUGACUGGCUCAUUGUCGAUUCUAAUGAGACACCUGGUGGUCUUGCCUCUACCGACACUACUCCCGAAGGCUUUCUAUUUGACGUUGGCGGGCAUGUUAUAUUUUCUCACUACAAGUACUUUGACGAUGUAAUCAACGAAGCUCUGCCCAAACCCGGUGAUUGGUACGAGCACCAACGCAUCUCAUAUGUCCGCUACGAAGGCCUGUGGGUCCCAUAUCCUUUCCAAAACAACAUCGCGCUCCUACCAAAGGAGGAACAAGCCCUAUGUCUCGGAGAUCUCAUCGAUGCUGCCCUCGCGGCACGUGUGCGGUCUCCCUCUGACAAGCCAGCCAACUUUGAUGAGUGGAAUAUUCGAAACAUCGGUGAGCGACUAAACGAGAUCUUCAUGCGCCCUUACAAUUUCAAGGUCUGGGCUGUUCCUACAACCAAGAUGAAUACGUCGUGGGUUGGAGAACGUGUCGCUGCUCCUAACGUCAAACUUGUCACCAAGAAUGCCAUCCUCAACAAGGCAGCUGGUAACUGGGGUCCCAAUGCCACAUUCCGCUUCCCCGCUCGAGGAGGUACCGGUGGUAUUUGGACAGCUGUUGCAGACACGCUCGAUAAGAGCAAGACUCGUUUUGGUGAGCAUGGUGCAGUAACCAACGUUGACGCUGACUCCAAGACUGUUCAGCUGAAAGAUGGAACCCUUGUCAAAUAUGGAUCGCUCGUCUCUACUAUGGCAAUCGAUCAACUCGCGCAGUCUUUGGGUGACGUCAAGCUUCAGAAAUCGCUUGAGCCGCUUUUUUACUCCUCUACUAACGUGAUUGGAGUUGGUAUUCGUGGCGAGCGCCCUGAGCGAAUUGGCGACAAGUGCUGGCUUUACUUCCACGAAGAUAACGCUCCUUUUUACCGAGCUACCAUCUUCUCCAACUACUCCCCCUACAACCAGCCAAGUGAAGACGUCAAGCUCGCCACCAAGCAGCUCGCCAACGGUGAUAAGCCUGCCUCCUCAGAGCCAGCUUCUGGUCCAUACUGGUCAAUCAUGCUUGAGGUUUCGGAGUCAUCAUACAAGCCCGUCAACCAAAAGACUUUGCUUGAGGAGAGCAUUCAAGGACUCAUUAACACUGACCUGCUCAAGCCUGAAGAUGAAAUUGUCAGUACCUACGUCCGUCGCUUUGAUCAUGGAUAUCCCACUCCCAGUUUGGAGCGCGAUGGUGCGCUGUCUGAGGCGCUGCCUUAUCUUUACGACAAGGAUAUCCUGUCCCGAGGUCGUUUUGGUGCGUGGAAGUAUGAGGUCGGAAACCAGGAUCACAGUUUCAUGCAAGGUGUCGAAGCCGUUGACAAUAUUAUCUCGGGUGGUCUGGAGCUGACUCUAUCGAACCCCGACUUUGUCAACUCUCGAAAGAACACCGAGCGUCGCCUUGCAGGCAUCAAGGGUGCUCGCAAGUAG